CCAAGAAGAAGACCAAGCCCUUGAACCUUAAGAUCCACAGCAGUGUGGGCAGCUGUGAGAACCUGCCCACACAGCGCUCACCCCUCCACACUGAACGAUCUCUGCGAUCCUUCUUCUUCCCCUCUUUCAUCCCUUCUACACCACCUGUUCAUGCUGAAACACCCUCUGCAAACACUCUCUCAGUGCCUCGCUGGUCCCCACAGAUUCCCCGACGAGAUCUGGGAAACUCAAUAAAACACAGGUUUUCCACGAAAUACUGGAUGUCCCAGACAUGCAUAGUAUGUGGAAAGGGAAUGUUGUUUGGACUGAAAUGUAAAAACUGCAAGCUGAAGUGCCACAACAAAUGCACCAAAGAAGCCCCACCUUGCCAUUUACUGAUCAUUCAGCGAGGCGGACGGGAAUCCCUCAAAGAUCAUCAAGGAACAACUCAAGUAGCUCGUCUGGUACGGACUGAAUCAGUGCCAUGUGACAUCAACAACCCGCUCAGGUACACAGACCUGCACAUCAGUCAGACGCUCCCCAAAACCAACAAAAUCAACAAGGAUCACAUCCCAGUCCCAUACCAACCGGACUCCAGCAGUAACCCCUCAUCCACCACCUCCUCCACUCCUUCCUCCCCAGCUCCUCCAUUGCCCAGCAGUGCCACGCCACCCUCCCCUCUGCACCCCUCCCCACAGUCAGCAAGGCAACAGAAACAGUUCAACUUAACAGCCUCCAGUUAUUUCAAAUACAAGCAACAGUUCAUAUUCCCCGAUGUUGCUCCCGAGGCUCCUCCCAGCCGAGCUCCGCAGGUCAUUCUGCAUCCCGUUCUUUCUGAACCAGGCAAUGAGGGCAACCCUUUGCUUCAAAUCGAAGUUGAACCUACAUCAGACAAUGAGGAAGGCAAUGAUGAGGACUCUGGUGAUGAGUUUGAGGAGAUGAACUUGUCGCUCCUGUCGGCUCGAAACUUCCCACGUAAGGCCAGUCAGACCAGUAUCUUCCUGCAGGAAUGGGACAUCCCCUUUGAGCAACUAGAGAUUGGGGAGAUGAUUGGUAAGGGUCGCUUUGGAAAGGUUUUCCAUGGACGAUGGCAUGGCGAGGUCGCCAUUCGCUUAAUUGACAUUGAGCGUGAUAACGAAGACCAGCUGAAGGCCUUCAAACGUGAGGUGAUGGCCUACCGAAACACUCGCCAUGAAAAUGUGGUGCUCUUUAUGGGGGCCUGCAUGAGCCCACCACAUCUGGCCAUCAUUACCAGCUUUUGUAAAGGCAGGACACUUUAUUCUGUAGUGCGAGAUGCCAAAGUUGUCCUGGAUGUUAACAAGACACGACAGAUUGCGCAAGAGAUGGUCAAGGGGAUGGGCUACCUCCACGCAAAGGGGAUCUUACACAAAGACAUGAAGUCCAAGAAUGUGUUUUAUGACAAUGGCAAAGUCGUCAUCACUGACUUUGGGCUCUUCACCAUAUCUGGAGUUCUGCAGGCUGGCAGCCGCAGAGAAGAUAAACUGAGGAUCCCCAACGGCUGGUUGUGCCACCUAGCCCCUGAAAUCAUCCAGCAGCUCUCUCCAGAAACAGAAGAGGACAAGCUUCCUUUCUCCAAGCAGUCAGAUGUCUUUGCUUUUGGCACCAUCUGGUACGAAUUACACGCACGUGAAUGGCCUUACAAGAGUCAACCAGCAGAGGUGAUCAUAUGGCAGAUCGGCAGUGGGAUGAAACCCAAUCUUGCACAAACUGGCAUGGGGAAGGAGAUAUUAGAUAUUCUGCUCCUCUGUUGGGCAUACAAGCCAGAGGAGCGACCCAGCUUCUCCAAGCUGGUAGAUUUACUGGAAAAGUUGCCAAAAAGGAACCGCCGCCUUUCCCACCCAGGGCACUUCUGGAAGUCAGCUGAGCUGUAAUGGAGACAUCGAUGGGACAGUGUCUUUGUGUGAAGCUCGUCCUCAGCUCUGCUCACAUCUGCUCCACCGCCUGCCUGCCUGCCACCCACCUACCCACCCUCUCUUGUCCCACCUUGCUUCCACAACUCUCACCUUUCCUGCUCCUUCUUCUUGCUCCAGCUCUUACACGUUCCCCCUCAUGCCUGAAUGGACCCUUUAGCGGUCAGUAUUGGCCCACUUUCCCAGAGUGGGUGACAAAACACACCGCAGACUUUCAAACAGAGAGGCCUUUCUCCGCUCUAUGCCUGAAGCCCUUCCCUAAAACACCCUGUGUCUUUCUGUUGAACACUUUCAACAAUCCAUACACCACCAUUCAUGCUACGUUGCAACUCAUUUUCAGCUGCAAGUAUGUUCUCCAGUAUCAUGACUGUGCAACAUAUCCUUCUUAGCUUUUUAAGCUUUGCUCUUGGGGGACAUUUUCACGGCAGCUCGCUACAAAAUUGUUAACUGCAACAUUUCAUUUUGCAAGUUGUUUUUUGUUGUUGUUGUUGUUUGUUUUGUUUUGAUAUUUCUAACACUUUAAACUGAUUUGUAAAUCAUUUUUGAAGGCCCUAACCCUACCCAAAUUAUGUAUAAUUUCCACUGCACCACUUGAUUUUUCAUUUUUUUUCUGGAUUUCUGUGCUUGUAACCAGUAAUAGCUAACAAACUUGGCCUCUAGAAAUACCAAUAACAUGUUUCAAACUUGCCACAAAAAAUGCAUUUCUAUGAAACAUACUGAGAACGAUGAAAUAGAACAUCUGCAGCGAAUGAAUAACUCAGAUGUAGUAUGACACAAAGCUUUAGUCAGUGUUUAAAGAAAAAAGAUCGCUGUUUUGUUUUAAUUUAAGGGCAAAAUGUCUUAAAAAAACACUGUAAGGUCUGCUCUUAUUUAACCACACAUGCUGUCACUGCUAAAAUACAGACGCAAAUGCUUGCCUUUGGCAUCACAACUGCAAUAUAAAUUAUAGAACAAAACCCACCAUCAACCCCAGCCAUACAGCACUUGCAGAUUAUGCCAGUACAUACAUGUUGCACUACUACAAAAUGUAGUGCGUCAUACACGUGACAUUGCCUGUACGCAGGCUUCAAGAAAGGCAGUGAUCAUGUUUCAUAAGUUCCCAUAUGUAAAAUUUAUAGAGGCUGGGUUGAUGUGAUUCUUAACAUCAAACGUCUGAACAUUCUGUACACAACUUGUGGUCACUAAGCAGCUGUAUCUGUGCAGUUGGGAGGUCAAGUGCCUUUUUCAAGGACAUCUCAGCAGCAGGGGUUAGCAAAGCAAAAAGGUGACUCUUUUUUUGUCACUCAUAUUGUCCCAGUUGAUUUUCGGCAUUUCUAUCUGAAUCCAAAUGUGAGAACUUUACUGUUUGUACAAACCAGAAAUCAUCACAUCAGACAGUUUCUAUUUCUCUUCUUGCACAGAGAAAUUAUAGAUUGAAAGAAAGCUUUGCAUUUCAAAAUCUAAUCCAAGAUUUUCAAAUUUACCAGGCACGUUUGAACAAGUCACUGCUUUUGAAAAAAAAAAUGGAGAAGUGCAGUGCUGGUGGAGGGAAUCAAACCUUCCAAUGAGAGCAUCUCAGUUUAAUUGAUUCCAUUACAUGGUCUACUAACUUGGAAAUCGACACACCCAUUUGUCUGGAGUGACAAAUUAAUCUCUUCCAAGUGAGUGAAGAAGAAUGGAAUGAAUUCCAAAAACUCCAUACCCACGAGACGAAUGUUAAAAUACCUCUGCUGAUAUUCACAUCCAGUGAAAUGAAUGCGAGUUUUUGCUUUUCUCUGAGAGAUUUGCUUCUACAAUAUUAGAAUCUGUGAGUGAUGAGAAAUGUUUUGUGUACAUGCUAUGUGAGCAAAUUACAGAGACAAAAAAUGUGCUAUUUGGACGGAAUAUUUAUAUUUGUGUUUAUGAAAGACAAGACAAUAUUUGAAACUUUCCCCACACAUGCAGGUGUCUAAUGACCUCACAGCUAUGCAAUGAAAGCAAUGGACAUAAAUAAUCAUCAGUGACAGUUUUGUGUUUUGUAUUUAUUUAGCAGUCAGAGUCAACUUUUGUCUUUGAGUACACCUCGAACAUUUACAUAGAACUGAUGGAUGGUGUCACUUUUUUUCAUAGUGCAGAAAAUUGGAGUCAUAUCCUUAAAGGAUGAUGUUUUGCUAAUUAAGAUGGAGCUUUCAGUGACCUCCCUGUGCACUCUUUAGUGAGAACACUUAAAGCCACAUCCACCAUAAGCUUCACUACUAGAAACAUAUAAGUGUCUACAGAGGCUGCCUGCAGAAUACUUUUAAGGAUUGGCGCUGUACUGCUCAGUUCAUGGCCACAACAUAGCUAAAUAUGGCAUCGUGCUCUAUUGUUCCCUUUGCAAAGAAUUCAAAUGUAAACUUGUCCGUCCUUGGACAAAAUGAAUUAGAAUUGUUCUGCCUGAAAUUGCUUUGCAGUUGUUUGUUUGAAUGGCUACUUUUAUAUGCACACAAUAAUGCCAUUAUUACCAAUAAUGUGAGCAAAGCAUGAGCCUGAUUAAGCCUUUGACGUGGUUUCAUACUGUGACAGCACCCCCACCCCUCCCCAAUUAAUGAAAUCUUUUUUGUGAUUGAUGUAUUAUGUUUGUGUGUGUGUGUGUGUGUGUGUGUGUGUGUGUGUGUGUGUGUGUGUGUGUGUGUGUGUGUGUGUGUGUGUGUUAAAGUGAAAUGAUGGCUGAACAUAAAAGGGGAAAGUUUUUUUAAAAAGCUUGAGGCAGUGGCAACCAAGAGACACAAACAAGCUCUUAUGUUAUGUGCAUCCUGCCUGAAGCUGUACUGCCUUUUUACUGCCUUAGUUUUACACCUGGAACAGGAUCGCUUAAAGAAAUGACAACUUUUCUGUUCCAUGUGUGUCCUGGCAUUAAAGGAUGUAUAUGGUGAGUCUAUUUUUCUAGCAAUCAAGAAUUUCCAAGUAAUAAAAUACUUGUUAGUUCAAGUCUCACUUCCCUAUCUUGUGGUAAUAGUUUUAUCUAAUAAUCCAAGAUUUUUAAAAAGACCAAUUUAUAUACUUUCCAUUUUUCAUGUAAAAAUCUCCACCAUGUCUUUGGUAUUAAUUUGAAUUGUGAAGCGAACAUCAGCCACACUAGUGAGAAGUCUGAAAGUCCUAGCUGGCGGAAGCUGAUUUAGCACAGUGCUUUUCAGACAAUGAAGUAUUCUGCAUCCUGUGUGAGUGUACACAAUGUGGUCAGAGGACAACCACCAUUAGACCUAUUUCUCAGCAGUUCCUCUUAAUCUUCCUACAUGCACUUGGCUAAUAGGGCACCGUGGAGAUCAAACACUGUGGCAGGGCUUCAAAAAAUGAUUCACAGAAGAAGAAAGGCAGCACCAGACUGCAAAAUGAGGUGUUCUCAGCUCCUCUGCAUGCCUAAUUGAUCAAUGAAAUAUUUUCAGGUGACCCAAAACACAGUGAUCCAUAUAAACCCACUUUCCAUGACAAAUACAGAUGAGUACAUGCAGUUGAGAAAAUGAGAAGGUGAUUAUUUUCCUGCUGAGAACUGUUCAUGGUUCACUGUCGAGAGCAUCGAGGACAGACAAACAAGGCAGGGUCAGAGAGGUGGAACUCUGGAUACAUAUGAGGCUGAUGUGUAGGCUAAACAUGUGAGAAUGAUGCAGCCUUGUAGUGUAAUGAGGAAUGCUGAGAAACACCAUGAAAGUGUUUCAAUCUGACUGUUAUACCAGGGAGUGCAUUGAAAGGGCUUCUUACAAUACUUCUGUCAUUUUUUUCCCAGAGUUUUGUUUGGAAAGAUUUAAACUCAACUAUCUGUCAUCAAAUGAGUCAAACUUGAGAAUGUACAGGAUGAUGUCAAAUACAAGCAGCUUUUCCAAAAGGAGAGAACAUAUUAUCCUGAAUUUACACAACAACCUCCUUUCUGAUGACAACUGCUCAUACUGCUGAUUCAAAUGUACUCUGAAUCUGUCGUUAGCAUUUGAGUGGAUACUGUUUGUUGUAUAUGAGUAUUAUUUUUGUCCAGGCCUCAUCUCACUGUAAAGCAUAUCUUUUUUGCUUCUUUUGUUGCCAUUAUUACCUUAAAAUGCUUGGCUGCAACUGUCAUAAUGCAACACUUUGAUGCCC